CAGAAUAGGUUAGCUCCACCACCUGAGAUGAAACAUGGUGUUAAAUUAAUUGAUGAAACUCUAAGAUGGUGUGACAAUGGAAUGGAGAUGCUGUUAGACCAGACUGAUUAUCUAGUAGUAGGAGCUAUUGGUUUACAAGGUAGUGGUAAAUCUACCAUAUUAUCACUACUUGGUGGAAAUUCUGUACAGGAUACAUACAGGAAUUACAUUUUUCAACCUCAAACAAAAGAAACAAAGGAAGAGGGUAGCCAUCAAACUAAUGGUAUAGAAAUGUUUGUAUCAUCAGAAAGAAUUAUAUUUUUGGACACACAGCCUGUUAUGAGUGCAUCAUUGUUAGAUUAUAUGAUAAGAAAUGAUAAGAAAUAUCCUACAGAAUACAGUUCAGCUGAAUAUUGUAUUGAAAUGCAGUCUUUACAGAUAGCAACAUUUCUAAUGACUGUUUGUAAUGUAAUUAUAGUAGUACAAGAUUGGUUUACAGAUAUCCAUUUUCUAAGGUUUUUACAGAAUAGUGAGAUGUUAAAGCCCCAGCCACCAACACCAAGUAGUCAUGAUAGCAGCAUAAAUCAUGAUGAUAAACCUGAUUAUUAUCCUCAUAUUGUAUUUGUUCAGAAUAAGGCCACAAGAGAGGACUACAGUUUGGAAUCCUUCAAAGCCAUGCAGCAGACGUUGUUGACUGUUUUUCAAACUUCAAGACUCAAAUCUCAAGGUUCUGUAUCACUUGCUAACAGUGGUUUAUUACCAGGUAUUAAUCCUAGAUCAGUAGAGACUGAUAUCAACCUGUUUCUCUUACCAACUAUGGAGUAUUAUAAGGCUGAGCAAGAGUCUAUUUUGAAUUACCUGCCAGAUUAUAGAGGAUUUCCCAGUUUUAAUUCGUUAAUAAAAUCAUUACGUAACCAGAUUUUAUCUAUACCUAGAUCACCUUUAACACAUGCUAACCUGACAGAGAAAAACUGGUUUCAUUAUGCUGCCAGAACAUGGGAAGCUGUUAGAAAAUCUCAACUACUGGCUGAUUAUAAUAGACUGUUACCAUGA